AUGGUUCUGUGUUCAGGGGCACUCAUUUGUGGAAAGCGGAGUAUCAUGUUGCCGACCGUAAUGAGAGGUUCUCUCAUCCAUAUGGUUGGCUCUAAGCGAGGGAUAGAUAUGUAUUCCAUUAUUCUACUGGAAUAUGACAUGAGGAUCAAGGCAGGCAGAGUAGAAGAUGAUGAUCACCAGCUGAUUGACGGUGUAUCAGCCCUAAGCGACCUGCAAGGCACAUGGAAUCGUGCAUUCAGAAAACGCAUCCAUGGCGAUUGCGGCGCGGUUGACCUAGUGUUAGCACGCAUCCAUGAUGCGGUCCUGGCGAAUGUGGAAGUUGUCAUAUCAGAGGUGCAGAACAGUUUCAAUUUGUGUCUCCGAAGUUCCAUUGGUGGUUAUAAAAAGCAAAUCCGGCUCUUCGAUGGCGCCAUUGGCGAGUCACGUGGCUUAAAGAGGUCUGUGGUUGUUGUAGUGGAUGGAUCCACUAUGGAUUUGAAGUUCGAGGUUGCCUCGGAGCCAUCCUGUUCAGCGGAGCACCGUCGUUCCUUCAAGGCGCGCACGCAUGGGCUUGAUACUCGAGAGAUAAAGACUGAAUUUGGGUUGAUCUCAGUGAAGGUGGCUUGGUCGACUCUGCUUUCCACCUAG